CGUCUUUCAACAUGUCUUUCCUGGCUUCCAGCUGAGCCUCGGAGCCGAGUGACCGGCACCGUGCCACAGCUCUCUGCCAACUUCGCAAGCUCCUGGGCUGAGGCAGGCCUGCAGAAUGGUCCUGUCGGAAGCCGAGAAGGCCGCCAGGGCCAAAGCUGAGCGGGAGGCCCUCGCCGCCAAGAAGGCGGAGAAGGAGCGCAUCGAAGCGGAAAUCCGUGCGGACAGGGACCGGUUCAACGCGGUGAAGACUGCCUCAAAAGAGGACGCGGCGGCACCGCCACCACGACUGACCAUCCGAGUGCGCUACACGGUGGAUGGGCAGAAAGGCAGGCGGCCCGUGGAGCUCGAGGGCACCACCGCCUCGGUGAGCCUCUUCCACUUCUACCAGGCGAUCGAGGAGCAGUUCCACGUAGCGCCGCCCCGGCAGAUCCUCCGCCCGGCGGACGAGUCGACGUUCCCUGUCGAGCCGCGAGAGGAGGCGCUGCCGGCCUACAAUUCUUUCGCCUCCAUGGAGGCCUUCCCGAGCCUGGAGAGCCUGGGCCUGCGCAGCGGCCAGGAGAUCUUUCUCUCCCAGGCAAGCGAGGAAGUGACCGCGCCCUCCCAACCUCCCAGUGAACCGCAGCCCCCGCAGCCACCCCAAACCGGGGAGGAGGAGCGCCCUGCAACGCCGCCGGUGGCGCUGCCCAGCCCCCCGCCGCCCAAGCCGUGGGCGCCCAAGCCCGCGCCCGCGCCCGCGCCCGCGCCCGCGCCGGCGCCGGGCCCGAGCUCCUCAAAGCCGGCAGGAAGCUCGGUGAGAUACAGCGACGAGCACAAGCUCAAGUUCCUGUGGCGCAGCAUCGAGGAGAAGAAGUUGGCGCUGACCAAAGCACGGGAACUCCGCGAGUACAACGAGGUGCAACGGGUGCGCGAAAGCCCAGAGACGGAUCGCUUGGCGGCCCUGCUGUUGUGGACCAGGGAGGAGCAAGAGUUCUACUGCAGGCUCAAGGCGGACCUGGAACGCGCCGUGGGCCUUGAGCCUGUGAAGGAGUUCAUCGUGCAACGGCUGCGGGACGCUGCUGGCCGCCAUGUGCUGAAAGAAGGGAAGCAGCCGCGGCGGCACGUGCUGAUCAGCGGCGCCUUCGGGGUGGGCAAGCACGUGGCGGCGGAUCUCAUCGGCCGCCUCUUCGGGCUUUUGAACAACCAGAUCGUGGCGAUGGUGCGGGUGGGCUCCCGGGUGCGCCUGGCAGCCUGGCAGGACGCUGAGAACCGAGGCGCGCUGCUGAGCAAGAACGACGUGGGGCUCGUGACGGAGGAGCUGCCCAUGGGAUCGCCCAAGCCCUUGAAGGUGAAGGGGCCUUCUGGCCGCGUAGGCAACUACCGGCAUGAUGAACUGGUGGCGGAGCCUGACCUCCUGCUCCCUAUAGGGGCUUUGGGCGACUUGGUGGACCAGAAGACGGGGAAGCUGACGGUGGCGGAUCGGAGCUGCUUCUACCUGCGCCUGGCCGGGAGUUUGACGGAGGCGGACGGCGGGAUCCUGGAGCAGGUGCUGGACGUGGGCAGCGUGGUCAUCAUGGCGGGACCCCCGGAGACGGUAGAGGCGAACAUGCAGCUCUCGGCCUUCCGGCGCCGGCAGCCGGACCUGCUGACGCUGCCCACCCUGUGCCCCACGGACGUGGCGCGGCUCAUCGCUGCGGAGGUGGAGAAGCGGGGCUACGAGGGCGUGGGCGAGGGAGACGUGGGUACCCGGCAGCUGAUCACCGUGCUGGAGCACAUUGUGGCACAGCGCUUUGACGAGAAGCUGAUCCGGGAGAAGAACGGGCACCUGGCCCGGGACGUUCUAGACCUGGCGAUCAGUCGGAAGAACGACCGCACCUGGGCCGAGACCUUGGACUCCGCCGAGCGCUUCCGCCUGACGCCCAUGGACUUCGGCCUGGAUGUGCUCACGGCGGAGCAGCGGGAGCGGCGCAUGCGGGAGGUGGAGGCUGAGGUGGCCUCGUUGGUGGGUUGGGGCACCGAGGAGGAUGCGGGCAGCGCCCGGCACUUCUUCUACCAGCUCCGGCGCCAGCUGGGCAGCGCCCGGGGCAGCGGCCACAGCGCCGCCGCCGCCGGGGGCGCCGCGGCGCUGCAUAUGCCCAGGGCCCUGCGGGUGGCGGCCAACGCGGGCUCCGGCCGGGAGACCUUCGUGCGCCUGGCCACCUGCUUCCUGCGGGCGGCCGGGGCCAUCAGCCGGGAGGAGGUGGUGUGGGUGGAUGCUCAAGAGCUUUGCGAGAAAGGCGACCCAGCGGAGAUCCUGCAGACGCGGCUGUUGGCCGCGGAGCACGGCUGCCUGGCCAUCAAGGACGUGGAGGCCCUGGUGGACUCCCGUGAGGCGGUGCGGGCACUGGCGCAGGCGCUGGGCAAUGUGGACGGGGCCGCCAGUGCCUCUACCCUGGUGGUGAUCCUGGGGACGCAGGCGGGCCUGGCGCGCGUUGCUCGCAUGGAGCCGGCGCUGGAGGCGCGUUUCCCCACCAACGUUUCCAUCCCGGACUUCACAUCGCUGGAGCUGGUUCAGUUCAUGGAGGACUGUGCUGCCAAGCUGCCCUCAGGGGCUUUGGCCUUCGAGCAGAACUUGGGCCCGCGCCUUGCGGAGCACCUCAACGAGGUCUAUGGCGGUGGCGGCCAGGGCAAGGAGCUGGGAGAGCGGGGGAACUUGGCGCUAGCGCGGCGUCUUCUGCAGCGUGCGGUGCAGAAUCGCAUCACCAGGCUCUUCAACAGCAUCCAAGAAGGCGAGACCCCCGGGGAGAGUCCCGAAAGCGAGCACCUCACCAAGGAGGACUUCGAAGUGGGCGCCCCCAUCGGCGAGGGCAGAGAGCAGAAGGACGCCAUCGAUGAGGAGGUGUGCAACCUCAUCGGCAUGACAAAGGCCAAGGAGUGGUUUGCUCAGGUGCGGCAAAAGGUGGCAUUCGUGGAGCAAACGGGCACCCGGAGUGACCUGAGGGUCUGCCUGAACAUCAUCAUCACCGGCAACCCGGGCACGGGCAAGACCACCUUCGCGCGGCUGCUGGCGCGUUUCUUCCACACCUACGGGGUGCUGCCCAAGGAUAGCUUUGUGGAGAAGAACGGCCUUGAGCUGAAGGCGGAGUUCAUGGGAGGCACCGCCCCGAGGGUCAAGGCAGCGGUGCAGGAAGCCAUGGGCGGCUGUCUGUUCCUGGAUGAGGCCUACGCCCUCAUGGACUCGGCUGCGGGCAUCGGUGGGGGUGGGGACGCUUUCUCUCAGGAGGCUUUGAGGACGCUGCUGACGGAGGUGGAGAACCACCGCACCAAUCUCAUGGUGGUCCUGGCAGGGUACAAGGAGAAGAUGGGUCGGCUGAUGCGCGCGGAGGAGGGUCUGGCACGGCGCUUCCCCAACCGCUUGCACUUGGACGACUACACCCCGGCGGAGCUUGCGCAGAUCUGCGAGAUGAGUGCCAGGCACCGACACCAACGUGAAUUUGAGUCUGGCCUGCGGGAGAAGCUAGAGAAGAACAUCGAGAAUUUCUACUGGCGAGACAUUGCGCAGCAAAACGCGGGCCUCUCCGUAAACCUGACGGAGAAGGCGCUGGACAGGCAGAUCGUGCGGAUCGUGUCCAAGUACCCUGAGGCGUUUGCCCAGAUGUCGCUGCCCUCCCGCUCCGCGGGCUCGGAGCCGCCCUCGCUGUCGCGGCAGCGCAGCUCUGGUGGCACAAGCAUCCAGCAGGUGAAGGCGGAGGUGGCUGUCUUUACGGCCGCCGACUUCGGCAUCGAGGAGCGGCCCACCAUGGGAGAUCCCGAGCUGCGGAAGCGAGUGCAGCAAGAGGUGGAGCGGCUCACAGGCAUGGCCAACGUCAAGGCCUUCUUCAAGGAGCUCUCGCGGACCGUGGCCUUCGUGGAGCGGGGCGGGGACCCCCGGGUGCUGCAGACGAGCCUGAACCUGCGGCUCACGGGCAACCCGGGGACGGGCAAGACGACCGUGGCGCGGCUGAUUGGGCGGUACCUCUAUGCCCACGGGGUGCUGCCCAGGGACACCUUCGUGGAGCGGAACGCUCUGGCGCUGAAAGGACAAUUCGUGGGCCAGACCGCGCCCACAGUGGCGGAGGCGGUGAGAGACGCUAUGGGCGGCUGCCUCUUCAUCGACGAGGCCUACGCGCUGGCGGACCGGGGCGGCGACAAGUUCAGCGGCGAGGUGAUCCGCACGCUGCUCACGGAGGUGGAGAACCACCGCACGGGGCUGCUGGUGGUACUGGCUGGCUAUGCGGACAAGAUGGAUGUGCUCAUGGAUUCGGAUCCCGGCUUGCGGCGCCGCUUCUCGCUGGUGCUGCAGCUGGAAGACUACACCGCGGAGGAGCUUGCGGAGAUUUGUGAGCAUGCCGCGCAGGACCGCUUCAACCUGGCCUUUGCCCCUGGGCUGCGGGACCAGCUGGGGCGCCACAUCAAGACGGCCCACGGUCAGGAGAUCUCGCAGCACAACGGAGGCCUGGCAGUGACCUUGGCGGAGCGGGCCUUCCGGCGCCUGGCGACGCGGCUGGGGGACCCCAACAGCGGGGAGGCGGUGAGCAGCGGGCGGGAGCUGAUUGCAGAGGACUUCCUCAUCGGCGUGGCCCCUGCGCGCCCGCCCGCGCCGCCCAAGGCCGCAACUGGCGCAGGCGAAAGCACGCAGCGGAGCCGCCCGCCCAAGAGGGGCAGACCAGCGUGGGAGGCGGUGAGUGUACUGGCGCGGGAGAUGGCGCAGGAACUGAUGAAGGGCAUGGAGUCUGCCAUGAAAGACGAGGACCCUUUGGAUGAAGAUAUGCCCGGAGGGGCUGCUCCUUCCAGGGACGACCACGUCAAGGCCGUGGUGAAGGCCCUGGCAAAGGGCAAGGACCGGGAGAGGCCCAAAGAGGAGGUCAAGGAGGAAGAGCAGGUGCCCCAGCAGGAGGGGGAGAAGGUGGUGGAGGAGAUGUCCACGCUGGACGCCUUGGAGUGCUUGGGUGUCUGCCCGGCCAACUUCGAGUGGUUCGAGCUCAAUGUGGCAGACCCGCCAGACUCUAACUGCGGCAUCUGCGGGUACCGCCUUGCGGACGGGUAUCGCUGCGGGGGCGGUACCCACUACGUGUGCAUGGGCUGCAUUGACGCGUACAAGACGCGUGCAACGUGACCGUUCCAAGCAGCUGCAGCCAGGUGCAGGGCCAGCAGCUUGCAGUGAUCUCCGUGGGCCAUCGAUUGCAACCG